ACAUGGGCCGGGUCCGAGAGGCCACAGGCGUCGGGCGUGAAGAGCGCGAUGGCCUUGAGGCAGCCGUGCUCGGCCGAGUCGACCUGCAGGCGGCCCAGCUUGUCCAUCUGCUCCUGGAAGGCGCGCACCUGGUCCAUGAAGGCCAUGAACUCAUUCUCUUGCUGGGUGUGCAAGGGAGUGGUGGGGCCCUUGGGCACGGCUGGCCGCAGCUCUGGGAAGCCACGUCAGCCCACGGGCGCUGCAGCUGCAGCCGCCACCAGCACAUGGAGCAGGGGUCGCCGAGGAUUGGGAAUCCCCGACCAGGCCUGCGCCUCCAGCCGCGCGGGCCCGGGGGCCAGCCUGGCCGCGGCAAGUCAGGCAGUCUGCGGCAGGAGCGCCGGGCAUGGGCUUCGCCCGGGGUGCAGCAGGCGCGCACCCUCCGGCCGGAUGGGCGGCGCACUCAGGGGCCAGGAGCCAUCCCAGGGGAGCCCCGCCAGCCCCCGCCGGAGCCCGAGCUGCAGCUGCCACCUGCAAGUGGUACGCUGGCUGCAGCGGUGGCAACCCCGGAUCCCGUCCUCCCGCGUCGCGCCCAUCAGCGCGGACCCCGGGGGCGACGCAGUGGCGAAGUUGGGCUGUGGGGCCGGCGACAGCACCAGGCGGAGAAGCACCACUCAACCCCAUCCCUGGGCUGCAGAGGGCCCAGUGCGGGGGGCUCCGAGCGUCGGGAGCCGGUGGAAGAGGAGAAGUGCUCGCGGGCGACAGUCAAACAGGCCCCGGGGCAGGGCGCGCCUCGCGCUCCAGGGAGCCCCGCCAGCCUGCGGCACCUCCGCAGCAACCGCCGCCUGCACUGGGCGCCGCGAGAGAGCUGUUAGGGCGGUUUCUCCGCCUCGGGCCUGUUGGGCGGGGCCGGCUAAGGUGCUCGUGCUCGCUGGUCCUAACUGUUCUGUUGGGCGUUUCUGCUGAGAGGCGGGAGGCGCUGAGAGUCUGUGCGAAGGCCCGUGGACAGACUGCAUUGCUUGUUGCGCUUCGGAGGCGGCGAUCCCCGAAGGCGAGCUGAAAUAGGGCUGGAGCGUUCCCAGGCUACAAUUUCCGGGCGACGACUAUGAAAGACUACGAGCUGGAGAGGUGGCCCACCCUCAGGGAGCGCUUGUGCUCGGAUGGCUUCUCAUUUCCCCAAUACCACAUUAAAUCGUCUCACCUGAGGAGGAUCCACAGAGCUGUCUUCUAUAGUAAUCUGGAGAAACUGGAGUACCUUCUGCUCACGUAUCAUGACGCCAAUAAGAGAGACAAGAAGGAAAGGACUGCCCUACAUUUGGCCUGUGCCACUGGCCAACCGAAAAUGGUAUUUCUCCUGGUGUCCAGAAGAUGUGAGCUUAACCUCUGCGACCGUGAAGGCAGGACACCUCUGAUCAAGGCUGUGCAACUGAAGCAGGAGGCUUGUGCAACUAUUCUGCUGCAAAAUGGCGCCGAUCCAAAUAUUAUGGAUUUCUUUGGAAGGACUGCUCUACACUAUGCUGUGUAUAAUGAAGAUACAUCCAUGAUAGAAAAACUUCUUUUAUAUGGUACAAAUAUUGAAGAAUGCAGCAAGAAUGAGUAUCAACCUUUGUUGCUGGCUGUGACUCAAAGAAAACGGAAAAUGGUAGAAGUUUUAUUAAAUAAAAAUGCAAAUAUAAAUGCAAUUGAUUAUCUUAGCAGAUCAGCCCUCAUACUUGCUGUUACUCUUGGAGAAAAAGAUAUAGCCAUUCUUCUUCUGCAGCACAAUAUUGAUGUGUUUUCUCGAGAUGCGUAUGGAAAGACUGCAGUAGAUUAUGCCAUUGAGACUGAGAAUAGAGUCAUUUUUGAACUAAUUUCUGAAUACAAAAGAAAGAAAUAUGAAGAGUUUUCUACAAAUAGCAAUCCAGGGCUUCCUCCUGUUGAAGAGUGUUUUGACAGGAGUCUCUACAUACCGGAUAGUGUUGCACAGCCUGUGACAAAGGAUGAGUUUACUUCGGAAUCUGAGAAUAUUUCAGAACCAUACUUUACGAACAGAAGGACUACUUCUCAACAAUCUGCAGAAAAUUUAGAUGCUGCAUGUGGCAUUGAAAAAACAGAAAAUGGAACCUUGUUUGAAGACCAAAAUGUUAAGGAAGGAAAAGCACUACCAGCAACUGGACAAAAAGCAAAUGUGUCUCCUGAGCAACCGCCUUUAUUCACGUAUACGGUGAAAGACAGAGAUCACAUUUCAACUAGAUUCUUGGGAAGUAUGGAUUCACUAACUUCCAGCGAAGAAUCUUCUGAGCGACCUCCUUUAUGCACGCUUACCCUGAAAGAAGCAGAUCCCAGUUCAAAAGUAGCCAUGAGAAGGAAGGAUUCACCACCUCCAGGAAAAGUGUCUUCUCAGAAACAACCAGCUGAGGAGACUACAAGUGACAAGAAAGAUUCUGUGAGGAAUAUAGUCACAGAAAUAAAGGAUGGACAACAAUCUGGGACAGUGUCUCCUCAGAAACAAUCGGCCUGGAAGGUUACAUUUAAAAAGAAAGUUUCUUUUUUGAAUAUUGCCACAAGAAUAAUGGGUGGUAGGAAAUCUAGAACAGUGUCUCCUCAGAAACAACCAGCUGAGGAGACUACGAGUGACGAGAAAGAUUCUGUGAGGAAUAUAGUCACAGAAAUAAAGGAUGGACAACAAUCUGGGACAGUGUCUCCUCAGAAACAACCAGCUGAGGAGACUACGAGUGAUGAGAAAGAUUCUGUGAGGAAUAUAGUCACAGAAAUAAAGGAUGGACAACAAUCUGGGACAGUGUCUCCUCAGAAACAACCAGCUGAGGAGACUACGAGUGACGAGAAAGAUUCUGUGAGGAAUAUAGUCACAGAAAUAAAGGAUGGACAACAAUCUGGGACAGUGUCUCCUCAGAAACAAUCGGCCUGGAAGGUUACAUUUAAAAAGAAAGUUUCUUUUUUGAAUAUUGCCACAAGAAUAAUGGGUGGUAGGAAAUCUAGAACAGAAUAUCCUGAGAAUCUGCCCACCUUGAAGGCCACAAUUGAAAAUAAAGAUUCUGUUCUGAAUACAGCCACCAAAAUGAAGGAUGUACAAACAUCCACACCAGCAGAAAAAGACUUAGAAAUGGCAUCAGAGGGAGAGCAAAAGAGGCUUGAAGAAUAUGAAAAUAACCAGCCACAGGUGAAAAACCAAAUACAUUCUAGGGAUGACCUUGAUGACAUAAUUCAGUCAUGUCAAAUAGCCUCAGAGGAUGAUGAUUUGCUUUGCUCUAAUUGUAAGAAAGUCAUAUUACUCAUUGAUCAACAUGAAAUGAAGUGUAAAGAUUGUGUUCGCCUAUUGAAAAUUAAAAAUACAUUUUGUUUAUGUAAAAGAUCAAUCGAACUUAAAGAUAACCACUGUGAGCAACUUAGAGUAAAAAUUCAAAAAAUGAAAAAUAAGGCUCGUGUACUACAAAAGCGACUAUCUGAAAAAGAAGAAACAAAAUUGCAGUUAGAGCAUGAAGGAAUUGAAUUGGAAAAAGAACUCUGUAGUUUCAGAUUUGCCAUACAGCAAGAAAAAAAGAAAAGAAGAAAUGUUGAAGAGUUGCACCAAAAAGUUAGGGAAAAAUUAAGAAUAACAGAAGAGCAAUAUAGGAUGGAAGCUGAUGUGACAAAACAAAUGAAACUGGCUAUCAAAUCAGCAGAGGUGGAAUUGAAGACAGGAGGAAAUAAUUCAAAUCAGAUUUCUGAAGCUGAUGAAAAAGAAGAAGACCUGCUGCAUGAAAACCGCUUGAUGCAAGAUGAAAUUGCCAGGCUCAGGCUGGAUAUAGACACAAUAAAAAACCAAAACCUGGAAAAGAAAUACUUAAAAGACUUUGAAAUUGUGAAAAGAAAGCAUGAAGACCUUCAAAAGGCUGUAAAACGGAGUGAGGAAACAUUAGCAAAAACAAUAGGCUGUUAUAGUGGACAGCUUGCUGCUCUGACAGAUGAAAACACAACACUCCGUUCCAAUCUGGAGAAGCAAAGAGAGAGCAGGCAAAGACUGGAAACAGAAAUGCAAUCAUACCGUUGUAGACCAAAUGCUGCCCUAUGUGAUCGUGAUCAAAGUCACUCAUCAAAAAGAGACCAAGAGCUUGCUUUCCAGGGCACAGUAGAUAAAUGGUGUCAUUCACUGGACAAUUUUAAUUCUUGCGUUCUGAUUCUUUCUCAGCAAAUUUCUAAAGCUGAGAGUAAGUCCAGAGUCCUCAAAACUGAGCUCCAUUACACAAGAGAGGCUCUGAAAGAAAAGGCUUUGGUUUUUGAACACGUGCAAAGUGAGCUAAGGCAAAAACAGAGUCUAAUGAAGGACAUUGAAAAAAUGUACAAAAGUGGAUACGAUACAAUGGAAAAAUGCAUAGAAAAGCAGGAAAGGUUUUGUCAACUAAAAAAACAAAAUAUGUUGCUUCAACAGCAACUGGAUGAUGCUCGCAACAAAGCUGACAAUCGAGAAAAAGCAAUACUUAACAUUCAAGCCAGAGGUGAUGCUAGAGUACAAAACCUUCGAGCUGAGUGCAGAAAGCGCCGUCUUUUACUAGAAGAAGACAAUAAAAUGUUGGUCAAUGAAUUGAAUCAUUUGAAAGAACAAGAAUGCCAAUAUGAAAAAGAGAAAGCAGAAAGAGAAGUAGCUGUGAGACAGCUUCAACAAAAACGAGAUGAUAUCUUAAACAAACAGUCAGCAACAGAAGCUUUGCUGGAUGCUUCAUCGCGUCACUGCAUCUAUUUAGAAAAUGAGAUGCAGGAUUCAAGGAAGAAAUUAGGCCAGAUGAGAACUCAAUUUGAAGAAAUACGGGAUCAACUUAUAGCUACUAUAAGAUGUACUGAGGAGAUGGAAGGCGACGCACAAAAGCUUGAAGUAGAAAAUGCCAUGAUGAGAAAACUAUUAAAAAAACAGGAUGACCAAAUUGAGCGGCUUGAGAAAAUCCUGCAGCAUUUAAGUUUGAUGCGGCAGGUGUUCAAGAGCUAGAUGAAGGAAUUCCACUGCUAACGAUGAAAAGAAGUGGUGAGAGUGGUCAUCAUUGUCUUGUCCCUGAACAUGGAGAAAAGCUUUCAACUUUUCACUGUUGAGAAUAAGAUAUGGACAUUUACGGAAUUACAGAGCCCCCUCUACAUUGAGCACAAGACAGUGACGAAUCCACAUUCUUCAGCCAGAAAGUCACCUCUGAGAGCCAAAUGCCUGACGAUAGACAGGAGAGUCAGAGAAUGAUAACGACAUCUCAGGAAAAUUGUGAAAAUAAUCAGCAACCAUAUGUGGAUAACCCUUUCAAAUUUCUCCAGGGCACCUGUCAUUUCAGCCAAUACUUGCCAGCUUGUGCCAAGGAUGCUGGAGCUCCCUGGGAUGAGUUUCCCAGGGGAGGAGCUGGCCACCAUCUUUGCUGUUUGGGCGACACAGCCAUUCCAGCCUUUGGGCUUUGGACAGUGCAAACUGAUGGGGUAGAAGGGAUCCCUAGCAUAGCACAGCUGCUCUACCAACAUGUGCCCAGAUUCUUUUUUUGUUUAUUUUUGUUUGUUUGUUUGUUUGUUUGUUUGUUUGUUUUUUUGAGAAGGAGUCUUGCUCUGUCACCCAGGCUGGAGUGCAGUGGCAUGAUCUCAGCUUACUGCACCCUUCACAUCCCGGGUUCAAGCAAUUCUCCUGCCUCAGCCUCCCAAGUAGCUGGGACUACAGGUGCCCAUCACCACACACAGCUAAUUUUUUUUAUUUUUAGUAGAGAUGGGGUUUCACCAUGUUGGUCAGGCUGGUCUGGAACUCCUGACCUCAAGUGAUCCGCCCUGCUGGGCCUCCCGAAGUAUUGGGAUUACAGGCAUGAGCCACCGCGACCAGCCCCAGACAGAUUCUUUAAGGGGAUUCCCAAUCUGUUCCUCCCAACCAGGAUCUCCAGCUACCCCGCCAGUGUCUGGGGCUGACAGAAAUUUGAAUUCUCCCUGGGAGGGAGUUCUGAAGUUCCCGCCCAGUGGGAGUCCUUCCAAAUGGGGCCUGGGGGAGAGGGUGGGGCCAGCUUUGGAGAGUCCAAAAUGACUGGGGGUGGAAGGGAUCCCCCAGCACAUCACAACUGCUCUACCAAAUAGUGGCCAGACAGAUUCUCUAAGCAGAUCCCUGAUUCUUUCCUCCUCACUGGGUGGGACCUCCCACCUGGGGCCUCCACCACCCUGCCGGUGUUCCGGUGUUCUCAAGCUGACAGAGAUUCACAUUCUCCCCAGGAAGGAGUCGUCAAGGUCCUGCCCAGUAAGGAGGAAUGGAUCAGGAACCUGGUAAAAGAAUCUGCCUUCUAAGAUUUUGUAGAGUAGCUGUGCUGCGCUGAUAGAUCCCUUCUGCCCCUCGUAGGUAUGGAUUCUCCAAAGCCCACGGGCUGUAACGACUAAGUUGCACAAACAGCAAAGAUGGCUCCUUGUUCCUGCGUAUGGGAACUCAUUCCAGGAAUUCAAAUCUCUGUCAGCCUGAGAACGCCGGUGUGGGUGGCUGGAGGCCCCACCUGAAAAGACCCUCAUUGGGCUGGACCUCCAGGCCUCCAUGCCAGGGAGAACUCAAAUCUCAGUCAGCCCCAGAACACUGGGGGUGGCUGGAGUCCCCGGCUGGGAGGUCCCUCACUGGGCCAGACUCUGAGACCUCCACGCCAGAGAGAAUUCAAAUCUCCGUCAGCCCCAGAACACUGGCGGGGGUGGCUGGAGGCCCCAGUUAGGAGGUCCCUCACUGGAAGGGACCCCAAGAACUGCAUCCCAAAAAUAAUUCAAAUCUCUGUCAGCCCCAGAACACUGGCGGGGAUGGCUGGAGGCCCCAGUUAGGAGGUCCCUCACUGGAAGGGACCCCAAGAACUGCAUCCCAAAAAUAAUUCAAAUCUCUGUCAGCCCCAGAACACUGGCGGGGAUGGCUGGAGGCCCCAGUUAGGAGGUCCCUCACUGGAAGGGACCCCAAGAACUGCAUCCCAAAAAUAAUUCAAAUCUCUGUCAGCCCCAGAA